CACUGGGAGUACUGGGGAAGAGGACUGGGACUGUGCGGACCCCGGGAAGGCGGACAUGGACGGUCAGACGUGUUCCAGGCCGUGCCAUGAGGGGAAGACCAAGGUCCCGGACCGGGUGACCCUGAAGAAGGAGAUUGGGCUACUGAGCGCGUGCACCAUCAUCAUAGGAAACAUCAUCGGCUCGGGCAUCUUCAUCUCUCCCAAAGGUGUCCUGGAGCAUUCGGGCUCGGUGGGCCUGGCGCUCCUCGUCUGGCUGCUGGGAGGAUGCAUUGCCUUCCUGGGCUCCUUAUGUUACGCCGAACUGGGCGUCACCAUCCCCAAGUCGGGCGGCGACUACGCCUACGUCACGGAAAUAUUCGGCGGUCUCAUGGGGUUCCUGCUGCUGUGGAGCGCCGUGCUCAUCAUGUAUCCCACCACGCUGGCAGUCAUCGCUCUCACCUUCUCCAACUAUGUGCUGCAGCCCGUCUUCCCCGAGUGCGCGCCACCAUAUGUGGCCACGCGCAUGCUGUCGGCCACCUGCCUCCUGCUGCUGACGUGGGUGAACUGCUCCAGUGUGCGCAUGGCCACCAGGAUCCAGGACAUCUUCACCGUGGGCAAGCUGAUGGCUCUGGGCCUCAUCAUCGUGGUGGGCCUGGUCCAGAUCUUCAAUGGAAACUUUGAGGCGCUGAGCCCUCAGGUGAUCUUCUCCCUGGACAGGACCCCCUCCGUGGGUCAGAUGGCUCUGGCCUUCCUGCAGGCUUCCUUCGCUUUCAGCGGCUGGAACUUCCUCAACUACGUGACGGAAGAGGUGGUGGACCCCAGAAGGAAUCUACCUCGCGCCAUCUACAUCUCCAUCCCUCUGGUGACGUUGGUGUACACGCUGACCAACCUGGCCUACUUCUCGUCCAUGUCCCCAGAGGAGCUGCUCUCCUCCAACGCUGUGGCUGUGACAUUCGGAGAGAAGCUCCUGGGAAUGUUCUCCGUCAUCAUGCCCAUCUCCGUUGCUUUGUCAACCUUUGGCGGUAUCAACGGCUACCUGUUCACCUCCUCCAGGUUGUGCUUCUCCGGCGCCAGGGAGGGUCACCUUCCAAGCCUCCUGGCCAUGAUCCACGUCAAGAAGUGCACGCCCAUCCCUGCCCUGCUGGUCUGCUGCACGGCCACCAUGGUGAUCCUCUGCAUCGGCGAGACGCACAACCUCAUCAACUACGUGUCCUUCAUCAACUACCUGUCGUACGGCGUCACCAUCGCCGGCCUGCUCUUCUACCGCUGGAGGAAGCCCGCCCUGUACCGACCUAUCAAGGUCAGGCUGCUGGUGCCCGUGUGCUACCUGAUGUUCUGGGCGCUGCUGCUGGGUUUCAGUCUGUACUCGGAGCCGCUGGUGUGCGGCGUGGGUCUGGUCAUCAUGCUCACCGGCGUGCCCGUCUACUUCCUGGGCGUCCACUGGAGGAGGAAACCAAAGUGUGUCGACACCUUCAUCGAGACGGCGACCUCCGUGGGCCAGAGGCUGUGUUUCGUGGUCUUCCCUCAGUUUGACCCCAUCGAGGUCGUCGACCCUUCAGACCGGACUGAGGCAUCAUCCGCCAGAUCCUAAAAAAAAUCUAACUUCCGUGGUGCUCUUCAUUGCUGAGCGUCCCGUGUGACCUUUGACUUUUUUGGACUGGCCAACAGGACGCGUUAUCUUGCGCACAGACUGUUUGCCUCUCGAAAGCACAAUUUGUUAGUAUCUCCUCUGCAACAUACAACAAACGUAAAAACAUCACAUCUUCCUAAGUAGUCUUUGUGUCCUACACAGCUUUUUGGGCCAAAGUAGCCUGCUAGGUUAGACAUACUCAAUUUAAAAUCUUUCUUUACUAACUGACUGACUGGUUAGAAUGUAAAACUUUUUUUUUUUUUUUCGGAAAAAGUGCCUUUUCUUUGUAAAUAUCCAGUCAGAACCAAGGAAGAUGUGUUUUAAAAGUCCAUUUUCAUCUGUUUGACAGUGACUGAAAUGGACAAUUGCAGCAAACAUAGAAGUGAUCCACAACCAAACACACAAGGGGUUUGUUUAUAAUUGAUCAGAGCUGUUUAUCUAUGUUACAGAGGAAUGUAGUUAAUCAUAGAACUGGCAGCCAGUUAUUAAAAAAGUAUUGAUUUUAAAUCAAUAAUCGCUUUCAAUUGAGAAUCGAUUCUGAAUCGAAUCAUUACCCCCAAUAAUUGAAUUGAAUG